AAAUGUACCGAUUUCUGUUAGAACCAAAGUUUUAUGGCGAGUAGCAAGUAAAAGGUUGACAAUACUAACACGGGGUAAGAAUGUUAAGGUACAAAAGAGUGUGGGUUAUCCAUUCACCUACAUGUGUGUUUACACUGCAAGUCUUUCCCAGGUGCUGUACAAUCCUGAGGAUUACAGUGGAGGGAGAUCCAGCAGACACACUCAACCAUCUCCCUGAAAACCCACUCCACCACAGAAGAAAAAAAAUAGAGGAGGGGAUACAAAGUGUGAGAGGGAGGUGGAGGGAGAUAACAGAUCAGAAGGAGGAAGGGAGAGGUAAAAGGAGUGUAAAUUCAGCAGACCUGCACUACAAAGGCUUCCUGGCCCCAGAGCAGGCUCGAACCAAGGAGUGUUUCAGUAUUUGUUUUUGUGCAUGAUAAAGGUAGUUUGUCUGCUUUCAAACCUUGCAGAAUGGUGGGACUCUCGUCCACUGCUGCUGAGGCCAUGGAUGCAUUGGUGAGUGAGCUGAGUGUGCUGCUGAAGAUGCUGGACCAGGAAAACCUCAGCUCCUCCAUUCAGGAGAAGAAGACGUCAGUGUGGAAUCUCCUUCAGCAAAUCCAACCACCAGGUCAGGUAUCAGGAACAGACUACAUCUACAUGAACUCAUCCGUCUACAGAAAUGGCACAAGCUUUGUAGAGUCGCUCUUUGACACAUUUGACUGUGCGAUAGGAGACUUAAAGGACGUUGGAGAGGAUCUGAGGGAAGACGCUGCCAUGAAUACGGACAUUGUAAAACCGCAGGUCUCUGCAGACUCCCCUGCCUCACAUUCAGCCAUCUUUCCUCCCCCUCUGCCAACAACGCCACCUCCAGAGGAGUACUACGAGGAAGCAGUACCCCUCAGCCCUGGCAAGAUGCCCGAGUACAUAAUCACACGAGGGAGGCCCAGCCCUCCAAAUUCUAUAGAAGAAGCCUAUGAAGAUGCUGACAACCACUACCCAAUUACAUGCAUCAACUCACAGCGCAAAAACUCAUACAACGACUCUGAUGCUCUGAGCAGCUCCUACGAAUCUUACGAGGAUGACGAAGAAGAGCGGAGUCCUGACAUCCGGCUCACUCAUCAGUGGCCCUCAGUUGAGAGCUCCAUGCCUCCCGCUCGAGACUGCCGCAUUUGUGCCUUUCUGCUCCGCAAAAAACGCUUCGGCCAGUGGGGCAAGCAGCUCACAGUGAUACGAGAGAACAGAUUACAAUGCUACAAGAGUUCCAAGGACACAUCCCCCAAUGUGGAUCUCCUGCUGUCUCAGUGUACUGUAGUUUACGUGCCCAAAGACAGCAAGAGAAAGCACCACGAGCUUCGGUUCACCUUACCCAACGGAGAUGGCAUUGUGCUGGCGGUGCAGAGCAAGGAGCAGGCUCAAACAUGGCUCACAGUUGUUAGAGAAGUGACUGGUCAGAGUACUGGGUCUGAGGAGUCGGCAUCUCCUGUCAUCCCAAGGAAAAAUGAGCUUGACAAGAGGUUAUCUGCUGAAAGAAGCACGUCUGACUCUGACAGUGUGGUUGUGUCAGCUGGAGACAAGGAGAAUGGGAAGGUGAAACGUAGUGCUUUCGCUGCAGGUCGCAAGAUCUCACAGAUCAUCAGCUUCUCUAAGAAAAAAUAUUCUCGAGCAAACAACAAAGACCCUGGACAAGGUUACCUGUCGGUGCUGAUUAACCAGGUGUGGAGGGAAAGGUGGUGCUGCGUUUGCAAAGGCUCUUUGCAUUUUUACCAUGACAAAGGGGACCCUCACACCUCCCUUCCUUCACUGUCCCUUCACGGGUGUGAGGUCAUUCCAGGUCUUGGACCCAAACACCCCUUCGCCUUCCGUAUUCUAAAAAACAGCACAGAAGUGGCUGCUCUAGAGGCGAGCAGUUCUGAGGAGCUUGGACGAUGGCUCGGCGUCCUCUUGGCAGAGAUGGGCUCCUCCACAGACCCGGAGUCUUUGCAUUACGACUAUGUUGACGUGGAAACGAUCGCAAACAUUCGAGAUGCUGCACGAUGCUCUUUCCUGUGGGCCACCUCCUCCAGCAGUUCCUCUAAAGACUUCAGAACGUAUGAUGAAGUCCCUAAUGAGGACGUGCAGUUGAGGGAAACCCGUAAGCAGCAGAGUGGGAAUCAAGCGAAGCGGCGCUCAAACUUUUCAAGCAGCGACUCCGACAGAACUAAGCCAUUGACCUCCAUCAAGCGAAUAAACUCUCAUGCCAACCAGUAUGGAAAAUAUGGGAAAACGCGAGCUGAGGAAGAUGCCAAACGUUACCUGAGAGACAAAGAGGAACUGGAAAGUGAGAAAAACGGGAUACGGAACGCACUGGUGAUACUCCGGCAGGAGAAGAGGGAACUAAAGGAAGAGCUAAAGACAGCCUCUGAUAGCAGAAAGCUUUUCCUUGAGACACGGGUGUCCGAGCUGGAGGAGGCCUGUCGAGCCAAAGAGGCGGAGAGGGUGGACCUGGAACUGCGACUAACUCAGGUCAAAGAAAAUCUGAAGAAGAGCCAGGCAGGUGGAGCUCUGGGGGCACCGGUGGAAGCAAAACGCCCUGUUAGGCCAUCCAGCAAAAAGAUCCAGAACAUCUACAGUGAUUCUUUGCCUGUGAACUGCGCCUCAGAAUUGCGAAGAAGACCUCCUUCUGUUUACGCAUCCUCUUCUGGAAGCGUCAUGCAAAAAGCAAAGGAAUGGGAAUCAAAAAAAGGAACCUAGAAGGAGUUUAAUGGAAAGUGUAAAUCUUUAAAUGGAUAUCAGGGUGUGGCUUUUCCCCCACAUUCUCUCUCUGUAAGGAAAAUCUUCUGUUCUUUUCUUGAAACCCAGACGUGUGAUGGUUGAAAACGCAAUGUCAAACAUGCAAGAAAAAUAUCUGCCACUAGGGGGAGACACAGUCUCACUGAACAUUUCUCUCUCCAGCCUCCUUCAAAGGCUCUUUUGGAUCAUUGUUGAAUUUUUGAACUCAAGUAAAUUUCCCCCAAAAAUACAAGAGAUGUAUUUAGGAAAGAUGGAUGCAAGAUAAGAAAUUUGAAAGUAGAGUGACGAGGAGGAAAAAAAAGGAGAAAUACGCAAUGAUGGCACUGAAAGCACGAUGUUUGACUGUUUGAGAGAAAUGUCUGAAAAGAAAACCUGAGUAAUGUGAUGUGUUGUAAAAAAAAAAAAAGUUUAAUUUUUUACUUUAUUUCUAUUUUUGUUCUUUUUAUGGUGCUUUAACGAUACUUUUAUUGUACAAAAGUUAACUUUGACUGCUGUUUUUUUAUGAUUUCUUUUUUUUUCUUUCAAUAAUGCUUUAUCCAAAAGUGUGCCAAAACAUAAGGCUUUCAAAGAUAAAUUUAGAAUAUUAUUGUCUUUCAUUUUCAUAUUUGCUUUCACCCAAGAAAGACUGAGGGUUUUUAAGAGUUGUCACAAUUCCAGCUCUAAAUUCUGUUCUUUCUUUUUUUUUCUUUUUUUGAUUAGAUCCAUCAGACCUUGUCCAAAAUUACAGAUAUCUAAAUUUGGAGGGUCUGAUGCUUUUGCACUUUCCUAUAAAAAUAUUAUUGUGGCAUAUUUAAUUUUAAAAUGCUGCCUUUUUUAUUUUAUUUUUUUGCAACAUUUAGUUCAAAGUAGCAUUGCUAAUUAAAAAAAAGUUGGACAGUCUUUCACCUUUCUGAAGUUGUUGGUUCACAUAUUGGAAUUUGUCUUUCAUAUAUAAUGGAAAUAUAAAAAAUAAUGACUAAUGCAUUCUUAUAGGAUAAAACAUUUUAAUUUUUCUACUCAAAAAAAUUCUUCAAAUGUCACUUUAGCUUCCUGUCUGCAGGACUUGUGGUUGACUUUUGCACUUUACUUGAUUUACCUGGAUAAAGGAAAAAUAAAUGUUGCUUUCAUUCGUGAAAACAGUUUAAGUUUAAUGUUGCAAACAGAUACGUUUUCCCAUUAAAAUGUACCGGCACACUCACAA